AUGAGUAUGGCUGCGAGAAUUAUCCACUUGCUGAAAAAAGGCCAUACGUACGGCUGCAUCCCUUGCCAUGUCGUCGAAGAGUUUGACCAGGAAAUUGAUAAGGAGAGUAUUGAAGCUCUUCUCGAAAAAGACUUCGAUGUUACCAAAGAAGCCCUACCCGGCACGGGAGGCGAGCACAUAAUUCCGACCAUCCCAGCUGUCGAUGCUGAUGGCUAUGUCUCUGGAGUUGUGAUUCCGUCUGGGAUUUACCAUGAAAUCAUCUCACUUCGUCAUUUGCCCGCAGGGUUCCUCAAAGACUAUGUCAGGAUCCGCUGGAGUUUCCGGGUAAGCGAACCAGUCAUCACCGAAGCAAUUAACGCAUUUCUAAUUGAACAAGGGCUCAGACAUUCUUCACAUCCUGAACUUCAAGAUGUAGAUGACAGCAUCCCCGAACAUGAUGGACGCCAUUUACACAACUUAGCCACAACUUCAGAAGAAGAGCCUGACGUUGAGGCUUUCAACAAUCCUCCCCCAGAUUACGAGCCGCGGCCAGAAUUCCGAGGAAUACAACUCCGCCAUCCUCGUGAGGUCAACCCAAUUGAUGGACAACUUCCCCCUUUCUUCGAAAAUCUAACCCUAAGCCCUGCACCUCCUGACUAUUCUGCUGAAAUGGAUCCUCCUUCAUACGACAAUAUGCACGUCAAUCUUGAGACUCGCCCAUCAGGAUCUUCAUCACCACCGUCCCCAACCGUUCGUCAACGAAGCAAUCAGCCGUCGGGGGAAACAAGCUCAUCCGUCACACCCACAGUACAAGCCGAUCUCCCGGCAUUUCAGGGUUUGGCGGAGCAGCCCAACCCUAUAAAAUGCUUCAGCCGGUCCAAUGUAGUGGAUUUCCUGUUUGACGGACUGCACGAGAUCGACAUUUAUCCUGACGGUCCCUUUGAACCAGUCAGGCUCCAGGAUGAAGGACUCCGGAACAUGAAAGCUUUCACUUUGCUACUGGCAGUAGCUCGAAUAGACCCUUAUCUCGGCCCGACGGAGCACUUCGCGGAGUUCAUCACCCAUCCAGAGAAUGAUGAGCCUCCUAUUCUUACGCCCGAAGGGGAAUUGGUGAAGGAUGUCGUCCUGAGGUUCUUCCGAGAAAUGUAUAUCAGUGGCUGUGGGACAUCACGAGAAGCCUUGCGUGACUACCCAGGCUGUGCGAGCUUCGCUGGAUUCUGCUUCAUGAUCAACCACAUGAGAUUGAACAGAGGCGCGCCGGAAGUAUACUCGCACACGCCAGCUGCGUUUCUUGAACCAGUCCUUGACGAGCUCCGGUUGAGCGGCAAUCACUCGGUCAUGAAAGUCUUGGGCAGGUGCGGAUCCGAUGUCACAGAAACAGCGCCGAGUCUGAAAGACCUAGUAGAUCUGUUCGAUGAAAUCAGCCUGCAACGACUGAUCAGUGAGCCGGUAGCGCUCGAUUUUUGGCCCAAAUCCACAUUGCACAGUCGACUCGUUCACCCCGGAUUCGAGGUGGAUGGCGCUGUCCGAGAUUGGUUACGAAGGAAAAAAGCUCUGCUGACGUUCGAUGAGGCGGUCCAACUUGCAGCCUCCCUUGUGGACGGCCGGGAUCACGUCUCAGCUCUUCUCGAAUCCACAGGCCAGGAUUUUCUUGUCAGCAGGCGAUCGUUGGAGGCUUUUGUCGCCGAUGCAAUGCGAAUGACCGAGGGAACACCUGAGAACGGAGACGUGGGGACCAUCAUUGCGCAGAUCCGCGGCCUGAGAGAUAUCUGGGAUGCUUAUGAAAUCUCGGCGGAAUGGUGGGCUGCUGCCAUGACCAACAUUGCUGUCGUACGGGCACAACCGGACAGGUGUUCUGAACUCUGGGUAGACAUGAUGCCUACGACCGGGACACCGCAGCCGGUUGUGCGACCCGCCGACUGA